AAAAAAGAAGCCCUAAUCUCAUUGCUCUCUCCCUCCCUCUCACCCAAUCGUCACUCUAUCUCUCUUGCACCGGCAACAGCAGCGUUUAGGUAACCAACCCUCUUCUUUCCUCUCGCGCUUGCUCACGCAUACCCUCCCUAUCACCCAGUCGUCGUUCUGUCUCUCUUGCAGCGGCAACACCGUCUCUCUCACGCAUACCCUCCCUCUCACCCACCGUCACUUUGUCUCGGGUAGACCCAUUGGUAUUGGAGUACAGGGUCUUGCAGAUACCUUUAUUUUACUUGGCAUGGCAUUUGAUUCACCUGAGGCUCAACAGCUGAACAAAGACAUAUUUGAGACCAUAUAUUAUCAUGCUUUAAAAGCUUAUUCAGAGUUGGCUGCAAAAGAAGGCCCAUAUGAGACAUAUAGCGGAAGUCCUGUGAGCAAGGAAUUCUUCAACCUGACAUGUGGGGGGUAACACCUUCAAGUCAAUGGGAUUGGGGUGCACUUCGGGAUAUGAUAGCAAAUAAUGGAGUAAGAAAUUCACUUCUUGUAGCACCUAUGCCCACUGCCUCAACCAGCCAGAUUCUUGGAAAUAACGAGUGUUUUGAACCGUACACCUCAAACAUCUAUAGUCGCAGAGUUCUAAGUGGUGAGUUUGUUGUGGUGAAUAAGCAUCUUCUUCAUGACCUAACCGAGAUGGGUCUUUGGUCACCUGCUCUUAAGAACCAGAUAAUUUAUGAGGAUGGUUCUGUUCAGAAAAAUCCCAGAAAUUCCUGAUGAACUAAAAGUUAUUUACAAGACUAUUUGGGAGAUUAAGCAAAAGACAUUGGUUGAUAUGGUUAUUGAUCGUGGAUGCUACAUAGACCAAAGUCAGAGCUUAAAUAUACAUAUGGACCAACCCAAUUUUGGAAAACUUACUUCAUUGCACUUUCAUGCGUGGUCCAAGGAUUUGAAAACUGGAAUGUAUUAUCUAAGAUCACGUGCUGCAGUGGAUGCCAUCAAGUUCACAGUGGACACUUCUAUCCUUAAUGAAAAACCCAAAAUUGAAGAUGAUGAAAGUUCCAAAAUGGCACAAAUGGUAUGUUCUUUAACAAACCGUGAAGAGUGCAUGGCUUGUGGCAGUUAGAAUUCUGUGUAGUAAUUCCAAAACAUACGUUGCUUUUUGCUAUAAUUGCUUCUCUGCUUGCUAAGGGGCCACAAGAUUUGGCACGGUUAUGGUAGUCUAAUAAUGAUGGAUGUUGGCAAUGGUGGCACUAUGCAAUGUUUUGUGGAGAAAAAUAUGUGGUCAAAUUAUUGUGAUGUGAAGUCUAAACGGCUUCAAACUGUCUUUGUAUAGGCUACAACAUAGUAUUCUGUCUUUUUGUUUCAGAUGUGUUUGUUUCAAUAGUUGUUAAUUGUCCUGGGUUCAUGGAUUUUGCUCUUUACUUGGUCUUUCAAUAUAUUAAUUGUCUGUCAACUACAAAUGGGAAUUUGGCUGUAGAAAGAAUUUCAUUGUCUGUUGUUCAAUGAGUUAUCAGCCCUGAAAUUCUAGUGCCUUA